UGUUCACUCUUCAUUCAGUCUUUUACCCUCUGCUCCAUGUCUGCUUUCCCUUUGAAGACCAUGUAGAGAUGAUUAUUAAAGGCGUCUGCUCCAAAUGUAUGGCUGAAUAUGGAUAUGGGAGGAACUGACAUCAGCUGCAACCUCUCCCGGCAUUUGAGCGUUCAUAGUAUUUGGCAGUGAGUUGAUCCAGGAAAUAAAAUGAGCGGCUUCACAGGCAUGGACAUAACUGGAAGAUUGUGACUGCCCUGAUGUGAAAGCCUUUUUCAGUCAAGACUAUGAGCAUGGAUCUGACAAGUCUCCUGCCUCCUGUGCCUUGUGUGAUCAUAUCCAAAUCCCAAAGUGUUUGAUGAGUAUAAACCAGCAGGGCAGCCAUGUUGUCUGGUACGUGGCGGCGUUCUGUGGGAUCCCAGCAGUCCGGCCCGGUCACCACGGGUAACACCAAGAGUGUGACUGUUUGUGGCGUCACCAGUGGGACAGUGGUGCUCGAGGCCCAGUACGACUAUAACUACCGUGCCGCAGAUGGCAGACAAGUGUCCAUCAGAGAGGGCGAACGCUUCAUUCUCCUCAAGAAGACCAAUGCAGACUGGUGGCAGGUGCGGAGGAUUGGUGCGGCCAGUAAAACAAAGCCUUUGUACGUCCCUGCCACCUAUGUGACAGAGGUGCCUAUUCAGCCCAUGCCCUCAUCCCAGCGCCUGGUUACAUCUGCAUCACUCAACUCCAACACGCGGACACUCCCCCGAGUCGCUCUCACCCCAAGUCCAACUCAUUCAGUAUACAGUGAAAGGAAAGUGACGCAUAAGCCUAUCUACCGCUCCAUGGACAACCUCAACGCAAGCAGUGCCUACCAGGGAGCGGACAGCAGCGCCAGUGGUCUUUUCCCCACUCCGCCCCUGUCCGGAUUCACCUUCACCCAAAACUCCUGCACCUCCCCAUCAGGCCACCUCAUGGUCCCCAGGUCUCCCUCUCUGUCUACAUUUCAACCUGUCUCAUCAAACUCCAGGGUGAUUCCUACCAUUACCCGCAGCCAGAGCUCCAGCAAUCUACCUGAAAAUGUAACGGAGAACCCUUAUGACGAGGUGGGAGGAGGCAUCAGUACCCGAGUGAGCGGCAAGCCCCCCAAAAAGUCCUGUAGUCAGUGGGACAUGGCGGGAAGCUCAAGGAAGAAGACUCAUCUACAGGUCCCUAGAGAGUCGUACCUGUCGCAGCUCUCGUGGCAGGUGUCUCCUCUGUACACGGGACCUCAGCCGGAGAAGCGGUCGUUCCAGCAGGAGCCCCCCAGCCCUGCCCCAGGACAGCAGCCCCUGCAGACCCUGGACCUGUGGGAGCAGUACACAGACCCCGCCUCAGGCCGUUGGUACUACGUCAACAGUGUCACUAAGGAGAGGUCAUGGAAGCCCCCACGAAGGGCCCGCAGUCACACAACCAGCUCCGGCAGCAAGACAAGCUACACCAAGCCCAGUGUGGUUCAAGCCCAAACAUUACCCAGAGACACCAGCCACCUGACUCUGACACUUCCUGCUACGGGUAAUGGGACGAUGUACAAGCUGUCGCCUGGCUACAGCUUUGGGACCCAUGACAAAAACAUUGACAGUGACUGGGACAUCACUCAGAGCCUGCCUCGAGCCUCCUCCUCAGACACCCUCAAUAGCAUGACAUACAUCAAGUCUCAAAGUCAAAACUAUAAUGAGUCUAAGCAGCAGCUCAGCCAUUCACAGUCUCUCAUUCUCCCUGAGAAUGGCAAGCUCAUACAGCAGUGCCAAGACUACUCGUGUAACAUGACCAACAUUGUGGUGGAGCCCCCCUCUCCAGCCAGCUCCCCAGACAGUGACAGCUGCACACCGGAGUUGGAGAAAGCUGGGCUAUUAAAUAAGACCAAAAUUGCUGAAGGAGGGAGAAAGCUAAGGAAAAAUUGGAGUCCUUCUUGGGUGGUGCUGGUUGGAAACAGCCUGGUUUUCUUCAAAGAUCCCAAAUCACAGACACCAUCCAGCUGGAGACCAGGAAACAGCAGACCUGAAAGUAGCAUGGAUUUAAGAGGAGCACAACUGCAGUGGGCCAAUGAUCUCUCCAGCAAAAAGAAUGUAUUUAAGCUGAGGACAGUGACCGGCAAUGAGUUUCUACUCCAAUCAGAGACGGACUCAUUGAUCAAUGAGUGGUUUAACACCAUUCAGAAUGUCAUCGAACGCCUGGACCGUGAAAACCCCAUGGACAAUGUGCUGCUGUAUUCUCUGAGGAGAGCGGGCAGUGUGGAGAUGCUGGACCAGAGCGGAGACGAGGACGAGAGAAAAUCGUCCUUCCCUCGUUCCUCGUCCAACCUGGAGAAUACAGAGAGGAAACGUGUCAAGUCCAGACUCAAGAAGCUGAUCCUGAAGAGACCUCCUCUACAGGCCCUGCAGGAGAAGGGGCUGAUUAAAGAUCAAGUAUUCGGCUGUUGUCUGGAGAUGCUGUGUGAGAGAGAGAGGAGCACCGUCCCUCGCUUUGUCCGACUCUGCACCGAGGCAGUGGAGAGAAGAGGAUUGGACACUGACGGCAUCUACAGAGUGUCUGGGAAUCUGGCAGUCAUUCAGAAACUACGCUUUAAGGUCAACCAUGAGCGAGCAGUGACUACUGACGGACGUUACAUGUUCCCUUCAGAGUUGGUACAAGAGGAGAAGCUCAAUCUGGACGAGAGUGAGUGGGAGGACAUCCAUGUGAUCACGGGGGCUUUGAAACUUUUCUUCCGAGAGCUUCCCGAGCCAUUAGUCCCCUAUGGCUUCUUCACCGACAUCGUGGAGACAGUCAAAAUGACAGACUACAUUGACAAAGUGGAUCGUCUGAAGUGUCUGGUGCUGAACAUGCCUCCACCAAACCAUGAUACACUGCAGUUCAUGUGUCGCCAUCUCAAACGUGUGCUGGAACAUACAGACUCCAACCGAAUGACCACCCAAAACAUCGGCAUAGUCUUCGGGCCGACCCUUAUGCGCCCCGAACGAGACAACGGCAACAUCGCAAUCAACAUGGUCUACCAAAACCAGGCGGUGGAGCUCAUACUCAGUGAAUACGAGCACAUCUUUGGGACACGAGGCUUUUCCUGAUGUUACGAGGUAUCCAAAUGAAAGGACCUCGGCGAUCAGCCGAAACACAAGUAGAGCAGUAUCUGACCUCCUUCUAACCGAGGACUCCUUUGGCGUAAAAUGGAUUUAACAUCAAAAGAUAAUUACGGGGUGAAAAAGAACCAGGACAGAAAGCUGCUAAUCAUGACAUCUGGUCUCCAUAUACAAAGUCAUGUUAAAACAAUAAUAGUAAAAACAUGCUAAAUUUA